UCCUUGUUUUGUGGUCUCAACUGGCCCUUCUCUGGAUAGUUUUAAGGAUUUAUUUCUGAAAUGAGGGGAUUGAUGCUCUGUGUUUUUGCCCUGCCGAUGUUAACAGCUUCUGCAGAUGAGGAUGAUCAGGAGGAGGAGCAACGGGAGGAGGAGGGGCCUCUGCAGUGUUUCCGCUGUGACCUUGGCUUCUGGGAUGCCUGCUACACCACCAAAACCAACUGCAACAUCGGGGAGAAGUGCUACACCGGCCGAGGGAAGGCAGGUGAUGUGUUGGAUGUUAAGUUGCUGGGCUGUGUCAAGGUGAAGGAGUGUGAGCUGGUGACAAGUGUGGAGAUCUUCUCCAACACAACCAUCUACGUGAUGACCAGGCAUUGCUGCGAUACACACUUAUGCAACACCGGACACACACUACCCCUCAACACACUCCUCUCCCUGGCACUGACUACAAUAACCAUCAUCCACCUCUCGUCUCCCUGACAGUGACUACAGUAACCAUUAUCCUUGCCCUCAACAGGACUACAAUAACCAUGAUCCUCACCUUCAAGACUACAAUACCACCAUGCAUCAUACAGUCCCCAGCAGCUCACAUUUAUUCAAUUUUCUUAAUUCUGUUAAUUUUCUGUGUUUAUUUGU